CGAGCAGGAUCGAGGACCAAUCGGCCCCAGCUCAGGGCCAGUUCAGUCGCUGCCGCCGCCGCCACCCACAAAGCCACAGGCAGGUGCGGGCGCAGCCGCGGCGCCGCCGGCAGAGCAGAGCCGUUAGCGAGCGCGCGAUUCGUCGGGUCGUCCGUCCGUCCGUCGGGGCGUCUUCAGUCGGCGCGCCGCCGUUCUUGCCCAGGCCCAGCGGCCGCGCCCCUCGUCGUCCCUGCACCCGGAGCCGCCCGGCAGAGCCGGCUUUGGAGCGGCAGCCAUGUCCAUGGGCCUGGAGAUCACGGGCACCUCGCUGGCCGUGCUGGGCUGGCUGGGCACCAUCGUGUGCUGCGCGCUGCCCAUGUGGCGGGUCACGGCCUUCAUCGGCAGCAGCAUCAUCACAGCACAGAUCACCUGGGAGGGCCUGUGGAUGAACUGCGUGGUGCAGAGCACCGGCCAGAUGCAGUGCAAGGUGUACGACUCGCUGCUGGCGCUGCCGCAGGACCUGCAGGCGGCCCGCGCCCUCAUCGUGGUGGCCAUCCUGCUGGGCGCCUUCGGGCUCCUCGUGGCGCUUGUGGGCGCCCAGUGCACCAACUGCGUGCAGGACGACACCGCCAAGGCCAAGAUCACCAUCGUGGCGGGCGUGCUCUUCCUGCUGGCUGCCCUGCUCACCCUGGUGCCCGUGUCCUGGUCGGCCAACACCAUCGUCCAGGAUUUCUACAACCCCCUGGUGCCCGACUCGCAGAAGCGCGAGAUAGGCUCCGGCCUGUAUGUGGGCUGGGCGGCUGCGGCGCUGCAGCUGCUGGGGGGCGCGCUGCUCUGCUGCUCGUGCCCCCCGAGCGAGAAGAAAUAUGCGCCCGCCAAGAUCCUCUACUCGGCGCCGCGAUCCGCCGGGCCAGGCACGGGUACCAGCACGGCCUACGACCGCAAGGACUACGUCUGAGGGGCCGCCGCGCAUCACCACCCUCACGCGCUGGAGCGCCCACCAGUCCAGCCGCCCACCUUGCAUCGGAAGCCAGCCCAGCCCAGCUGUCCGGCAGCCCUCUCACUGGACUGGCAGGGGCCAGCCCGUCGCCCCUUUCCCCAGCUGCCACCCCUCCGCGGGCAGGCAGCGGGACAGCGAAGCCUGGGGAGCAGCCCGCAUAGACAAUGAAACCUCCCACUCUGGAUGCGGGGUGGGGUGGCCACGCUUACCUGCGGGAGGCCUCCAAGCCCUUGUCGGGCAGGCCGCGGCAGCCUUGAAAGGGGCCACUUGAUAUUGUUCAAUAAAAGCCUUUCGUUUUGCAGUU